AUGUCUGGGCGCGGGAAGACCGGCGGGAAGGCGCGUGCCAAGGCGAAGUCGCGGUCGUCGCGGGCCGGGCUGCAGUUCCCGGUGGGGCGCGUGCACCGGCUGCUGCGCAAGGGCAACUACGCGGAGCGCAUCGGCGGCGGGGCGCCCGUGUACUUGGCGGCCGUGCUGGAGUACCUGACGGCCGAGAUCCUGGAGCUGGCGGGCAACGCGGCGCGCGACAACAAGAAGAGCCGCAUCAUCCCGCGCCACCUGCAGCUGGCCGUGCGCAACGACGAGGAGCUCAACAAGCUGCUGGGCGGCGUCACCAUCGCGCAGGGCGGGGUGCUGCCCAACAUCCACGCCGUCCUGCUGCCCAAGAAGACCGAGGUGCUGCACGGCGGGAGCGCCGGCGCCAGCAAGGCCCUCUCCGGCGGGGCCAGCAAGGCGACCAAGGUCUCCAAGCUGGCCAUCAAGCCCUCGGCCGCCGCGGUAGCCGUUCAGUAG